CACAAAUCAUUUUAGGAAUGAGUCACGCGUCUUCUAAAUCCUCAACACAUUUCAUGACAAUCUGUCGCUGUUGGGAGCAGAUGGUCCCCCUGAAGAAUAAAGCAUUUGGAAGUUGGAACUGUUCUCUUUCCCCACACCCCCCGCCGUCAGCGGCUGCGCAUGCACCCACCACGGCGGCGGCUAAGACGAGGACGCGCUGCUACACCGUCGGCGUCAUCCCACAUGUUGACACGGCGACGCUGAUGGGCCUCGUCUGAGACGUCAGCUGACCAGUGGAGGUGUGUUUUUACUCCGAGCGCCACGCACUCAGGAAACAGGACAUCAUGGCGAUCACAGUCUACAACAUCUCGUCCACCUCCGCCCGAGUGAGCUGGCCUCCGUCCCCCGGCUGCCUGGACACCUUCUACAGCGUCAUGUACGACCCCAACUGGAACAGCCUCCUGAUGGGCUUCAAGCGCAAGAGCUUCAUGCACGAGGAGCGCAUCCCCGUCAGCCAGACCACCACCCACUUGGCCAACCUGCUCUCGCAGACCACCUACUUCCUGUGCGUCACAUGUCAGGCUGCCAACCCGGUCCGGGAGCAGUGCCAGGUGUUUGUCACUCUAAGUGACAGCAGUGAGGCGCAGGACCGGGCCGGCUGGGAGAUGGCCAGGGGCGUGUGGCUGACCUGCUGCGUCCUGCUCCUGGUCAUUGCUGCAAUCCUGCUGUGGGGGUGCCUGCACACCACCUGCGCCGUCCCCGGCCGAGGCGCCGACACCCGUCCGGUGGUGACCAACGUUGUCGGUAGAGAUCCCCUUGCAUCUGGGCGCCUUUACACCCCUCGUGGGAGCUGCGAUAAUGGCACCAAACGGAGCGCCAUCAUGAUGCAUACACCGCUCCUCUCGGCGCACGCCGCCAAACGCGAUCAUGAGCUGAGGACGCUGGCUAAGCUGUCUGGAAGCGAGCCAGCUUGAAACAAUUGGAUUGAGGUCAUGGUGGUAUUGCUGUUACCCAUCAGUGGAAUCCUAUUUGUCAAGAGGAAAUAAAAAGCUUCCACUUCAAAUCAGCCGAUUCAUUCAUUCU